ACCUGUCCCCACGCAUACCCCUCACCAAUCCUUCCUGUGUCGCAGGUGUAUCUUGAAGCCAAGUGGCCGCCCUACCAUCAUCUCAUUGUGCAUUCCAGGUGGCUGAGGCAGGAGGAUCCUGAGUUCACGUCCAGCCUGGGUUACAUACAAAAAAUCGUGAGUAAGAUGGGGUGUGGUAGUGUGCAUCUGUAAUCCUCUUUGGGGUAGAGGCAUGUUGGGAGUGUCACAAGGGAGGACUGCUUUCUCCGAAACCAAGUGUCGGUCAUUCUCUUGCCUGAAUGUCUGAGCACUGUGCUACACUAUCCCCCUUGGGACCUAAGAGAGGGGGAGUGUUGAUAUUCCCAGGACCCCUGUGAUGUCCAGCACUGGGCUCUGACCACCCUGAGGACGUGGUGCCCCCCAGGGACCUUUGACACCCUGGGGUCUGAGGGGUCCUGGCUACAAAGGGAGUAGACGGAGAAGUUGUGCUCUUUGUGCGUCUCACCAGCCUCUUUCCCCUCUUCCUGCCGACAGACAGACAGUUUCUUCAUACAGCCAGGCUUCCCUCCGGGUGGUUCCUGCAGACAGCCUGCUUCCCUCCAGCCUCUGCAGCAGCACUGCUUCUAGCCCUCUUGCUGUCCUUGCCUUGAGGCUGUAGGGCCAUGGCGGAGAGAGUGCUGGUCCCCACCCAGAUAGGCCGGGGGGACCGCUACUACACAUACACGGAGCUGCUGGCCAUCUCCCGGCGUUUCAAGCAAAACCCCAAUGAGCUCAUGGUCACCUGGAUCCUGCGGGUGUAUGACCAGGGAGGCCCGGCCCUGUCCCUGAAUUCCGGGGAGCUGGGGCUGCUGGGUGACCUCACCCAUGAUGCCAUCUUCAACUACCGCUGCAAGGCCCUGCGGGGGGGUGGCUGCCAGACCCUGCUGAGCUGGCUGCUGCAGGCCUGGCGCCAGCGCUGGGAAUCCUCCCUGCAUUUCGAGGCCACUCAGCUGCCCUUCAGGCCUUGGACCACCAUGGAGGAAGGCAUCCAACUGGUUCGUGAGCUGGGUAUGAUUGAGUGGAUCUACCUUGACCCAGAGGGGCCUGUGGACCUGGCCCCAGAGGACGUGGCCUUCACUCAGGGCCUGCAGCGGCGCCUGCUCACGGCAGCGCCCUCUGAGCUGCGGCUCUCACUGGUCAGCCUGCUGGUGCGUGGCAUGACAGUACUAGAGGCUGUGAUGGAGAUCCAGACCAUUGCUGACGUGGGUCUGCUUUGGCGCCAGAGCCAGCCAGGCCGCACCAAGCUCAUGCUGGGGCCCAACCCAACCCGAAAGGACCUCCUAGGCUGGCUGCUCAGCCACGGCGUGCCCCGGGAGCAGGUAGACAGGCAGCCCACCAAGGUGCUCCUGGAACUGUACAUCAAAGAAGCCAAGCGCAGCCGUGGCCAGCCCAGCUACGGGCUGGCUGAGGAGCAGCCCCCGCCACCCCCCUACUCCGACCAGGCCUGUGGGGAAGAGGCCCCUGUGAGGCACGACUAGACCUGGACUGGCUUUGAGAGCACACUCAUACCCGGGGUUGAAGGGGGGAGGUGAAUUGCACAGAGGCUGCCUGCAACCUAGGCCGCUAGGAAAGAGCUUGGCAAGCACCUUUCCCACAUUUGUGUCCCUCCAGCAUUUAGUGCCAAGUUCAGUGGCCCCCCCCAAAGAGAGGUGUGCAUGUCCCCAGCCACACAGUCCAUGUGGGAAGUGAGCCACAGCUGGCCAUUUGCUGUGAAUCUAGGGUGCUUGUGGCCCUGGAGUUAAACCCCUUGAGUUGGAGCAUAAGGCUGUGCUGAGGUGGGUGGCCACAUCAGGGUCCCCACCCCUCUGCCUCCACAUGGGCCCCAAAGCACUACAUACAGGCCAUCUUGAAUUUUUUACUUUUUCAAUGCAACACUUAACAUAGUAUUGUAGGUGUAGGCCACACUUCAUGUACUUUUACUGGGUGUUUGACACUUUAGGGCCAGGCUCCCUAUUUUAAAGGCUUAACAUUGUAAACUUUUCUAAUGCAGCAUUUUUACUUUAUAUUUUAUUUUGAGCUUAUGUGACACUUUGGUUUUGGGGAGAGGAGAGCCCCCUUUUGUAAAGACUUUGCUCUGGGGACCCUGUCCCUGUUUUCUUUUAGCCAUGCCCUUCCCUUUCGAAGCACCUUCCAGCUGGGUCUGGUGUCCCUGGCUGCACACAUGUCCCCUGGCCAAUGCGGAUCUGGAUUUAGUGGAGGGGCGAGGCGGGCAGCCCUGGAGCUUCUGCCUCUGUGAGUUCCUAUUAAAUGGCUGGUUCAUUGCCCUC